UUUAAUAUUUUAAUCUUUUAUUUAUUAGCAAUGUCCCCUGUUUUUCUUGUAUAUAAAGGGUUAGUUAGGCAAUCAAAUUUUGUCAAGAAACACAACAGCGCAAAGCUGCUGGCAACUAAUCAAAGAUUCAAGAAAACCAAGAACCACAAAAACAAAAGAAAACCACGAACCAAGAAAAGUCCAUUAAAUCCCAGAUGGAACCUUCUUUCUUCAAUCAAUACCUCAAACAAGAGCUCUCUUUCGAUUCUUUAGAGUCAUUUUCUUGGGAAGAGCCGUUUCUUUACCACCCAAAUUCCUUGCCUUUCGAUUCUAAUGACUCUGAAGAAAUGCUUCUUUUCGAUGUUCUAGCCCAAGAACCAAAUAAAGAAUCGUCGGAAUCCAAUUCCACUACCGGGACUAAAGAAGAGGAAGUUACUUCCAAAGAAGAGGAGGUUUCCGUUUCCACACCCAAGAACGAGAAAUCUUACAGAGGAGUACGAAAGAGACCAUGGGGGAAGUACGCCGCCGAGAUUAGAGACUCCACCAGAAAUGGCAUCAGGGUUUGGUUAGGCACCUUUGACAGUGCAGAGGCAGCCGCUUUAGCCUACGACCAAGCAGCAUUUUCCAUGCGGGGUUCGAUGGCUAUACUCAAUUUUCCGGUGGAUAUGGUGAGAGAGUCGCUUCAAGAAAUUAAGUAUCGGUUUGAGGAUGGCUGUUCGCCGGUGGUGGCGUUGAAGAGGAGGCACUCCCUGAGACGAAAGUCGGCGAGCAAGAAAAGUAAAGGGAAAGAGGUAAAUAGUAAGCCUAAAAAUGUGGUAGUAUUGGAGGAUUUAGGAGCUGAGUAUUUAGAAGAGCUAUUGAGCUCAUCAUGUGUAGGAAGUCCUAAUCCUUGAUGAAUAAUUAAUCUUUUUGUCCAUUA